CAGGCCCCCCCGGCACAGGAAAGACCACCAGCAUCUUGUGUUUGGCCCGGGCCCUGCUGGGAGCGUCGAUGAAGGAAGCCGUGCUGGAGCUCAACGCUUCCAACGAGCGAGGAAUCGACGUGGUGAGGAAUAAAAUCAAGAUGUUUGCUCAGCAGAAAGUCACGCUGCCCAAAGGACGACACAAGAUCAUCAUCCUGGACGAGGCCGACAGCAUGACUGACGGAGCUCAGCAGGCUCUCAGGAGGAUCAUGGAGAUCUAUUCCAAGACGACGCGCUUCGCUCUCGCCUGCAACGCCUCAGAUAAGAUCAUCGAGCCGAUCCAGUCCCGCUGUGCGGUGCUGCGUUACUCCAAGCUGACCGACGGACAGAUCCUCGCCCGCCUGCAGGAGGUGGUGGAGAAAGAGCGUCUGUCUGUGUCUGACGACGGGCUGGAGGCCGUCAUCUUCACCGCCCAGGGAGACAUGAGACAGGCGUUGAACAACCUGCAGUCGACCAACUCCGGCUUCGGCUACAUCAACAGUGAGAACGUGUUCAAGGUGUGUGACGAGCCUCACCCUCUGCUGGUGAAAAGCAUGCUGGGACACUGCGUGGAGGGGAAGAUCGACGAGGCCUACAAGGUGGUGGAGCAGCUGUGGGCGCUGGGCUACUCCCCAGAGGACAUCAUCGGAAACAUCUUCAGGGUCUGCAAGACCUUGCAAAUGGCCGAGUACCUCAAACUGGAGUUUAUCAAGGAGAUCGGUUACACUCACAUGCGAGUGGCUGAAGGUGUGAACUCUCUGCUGCAGAUGGCCGGACUCCUCGGACGACUCUGCAGCAAGACGACGACGCCCCCUGCCAGCUGAACCCCCCCUCCCACACACACACACACUCACACACACUCCCUCAGUGUUGGACUCUCUCCGUGCUCCCUCUCGUCUUUAAUGCCGACAGUCGUGUUCGUCCUCAGAGACUUUGAACUUCACACUGAUGAUGGUUUCGUCUGACGCUGUUUCUCUGGAGGCAGAAUAAUGUAGAAAAACAAUAAAUCUUUUUUUCAUUA